AUGUCACGGUUCCGCCGCAGGGCGCGCAACCAGGAGGGUUCAUGUAUGGUCUCCCCCGCGGGCUCGCGUUGGCUCGCGGGCGUCACGCUGGCCUGUUGCUUCGGCGGUGCUGGCGCAGUCAUUGAGGAGAGCGCCGAUGACGUCGUUUCCGUCUCCAUAGAAGACGACCUGGUCCUCGCCACUUUCUUGUUCCAGCGCGGCGUGCGCGGGUACCCGCCCGGCCACGCCAGGCACGGCGGGGCCGACGUCGGGCAGCUUCCGCAGUGGGGCCGGGGCGCCCCGACAGCCAGGGCCCAGCUCCUGGGCGUUGGGAGGCGGGCCCGGGGGGCGGCCGUGUCCGACGACUACAGCGACUACCCAGGGGAGUCUGUCGCGGACUGGAUAUCCAGGCGCCUCGGCAUCGAGGACGGCGAGCAGGCGGCGCAGGAGCCGAGCUCGCGGGGCACCGCGAGCGGCGCGGUCCAGAGCAGCGAGAGGCGCGCCCAGGGGCGCGCGCCCAAGGAGGCCGCUCGCGAGGGCUGGUCGCCCUGCAAGCUUGGCGCGGAGCUGCCGUGCUCGUUCUGGACCGAGGCCUACUCCUGCUCCACCACCUGGAGCCAGGCGUGCCCGGGGGUCGACAACCCGGCCGGCCCGCAGUAUAACGACGCCGAGAUAGGCACAGCCUGCCCGCACCAGUGUGCCGAGGCGGCCGCCAGCGCGGCGGUGCCAGGGCCGCCACCGGCGGCGGCGAGUGCCAGCGGGCAUGGCCACCUGUACCCAGCCCUGUGCAACCUGACAAAGCUGGCCUCCUGCUCGAUGUGGGCGUCGGCCUACCCCACCUGCGCGGUGACGUGGGCCGAGGCCUGCCCAGGAGUGGACAACCCAAGCGGCUCGCAGUACAAUGGCAUGACCGUGCAGCAGAGCUGCCCGCACCAGUGCGCCGAGAAGGCCGCGGCCAAGGCGUGCAUCGGCACAGAAAAUGGUGCUACCGACGCCGGCGACUACGACUGCAAGCUGGGCUACACAUUGCCCAACUACUGCGGGUUCUACGACGACAGCGACUUCACGGCCGCAGAGAUGUGCUGCGAGUGUGGCGGGGGCGGUCUCCUGGAUCACGGCCCCCGGGGCGCGACGCAGGCAGACCAGGCAGAGGAGCCAGAGGAGCACGAGGAGGCGCCGCCGCCCGCCUCCCCGCCGCCGCUGCCGCAGCAGCCCGCGCUCCCGCCGGUGCCCGCAGUGCCGGGGGUGCCCUCGGCGGCCUCCGCGGCGUUGCUGUCGAGGGCCGCGGCCGGAGACCAGAGGGUCUUGGUCUCCUCCACGGCCGCGUUUGCCGCCGGCGACAUGGUCACCAUAGAAGGUGGCGCGGCCAGCGAGACCAUGACGAUAUAUCUUGCCGAUAGCGAGCCCCUGCACCUCCAGGUCAAGGCCGGGCUGCACAGCGCGUACCCCGUGGGCUCGAUCAUCACGGAGAAGGUCCCGGCGAAGACAUAUUGGUGCCACGACCAGAUGAAGUUCGAUUGCGGAGUUUGGACCGCAUCGUUCCCCUGCACCUACUCCUACAGCUCCGUCUGCCAAGGCAGGGACUCGCCGGUUGGCUCCGCCCUCAACGGCGUCGCCCUGUCGGUGAUGUGCCCCGCCGAGUGCGGGCUGCCGAAGGCCACGACAUCGGCGACCACCACGUCCACCACGACCACCACGACCACCGCGACGGCCCUUCCCACCGGCCCUGCGACGACGGCGGGGGCCCAGCUGGGGCCGACCCAGACCUUCCCCGAGAGGGCCGUGGAGCCCGUCCCGCUGCCUUUGGUGACGCCUGAGGCGGACGCCACGGCCGCCCUCCCCCUCGCCGCCGCGCCCGAGGUGGAGGCCGGGAGCCAGGGCGUGGCCGUCGCGCCUGCGCAGUGGGCGUGGAUCAGCAACUUCCGCAUGGCGCACAGCAAGCCGCUGCCGAGCGGGGGCUAUGCGAGUCACGCCGUGUACCUGGGCACGGCCAGGUCCCACGCGGAGGCCGAACGGCUGGUGCAGGCAUCGAGCAAGGGGCCAUUCGUCUCCCUGAACUGGCGGCGCCCAGAGCCGGCGGACGACCCGACCGCGGACGGGUCGGUGUACGGCAUCACCACGCAGGAGGGCUGGCAGGGAGAGGGCGACCAGAUCCAUGACACCGCCCUCCGCGUCCAGACGGAGGAGACACCUUCCAGAGGAGGAAUCUUCCAGACGUUGUCCACCCUCUCCCGCGGGGUCGUUGCCGACAAGAGGGCCCCCGACUUCUCGACGGUGCUGGAGCUCUCCGGCGGCCAGGCUGGCCUGGAGAAGCAGCUGGAGAAGUCCGCCAUCCCCGCCGACCAGGACGAGGGCGAUGCUGCAGAGGCGCGGGGCUCCGUCCUGGACUUCGACCGCGCGGAGCGGCACCCCGUCGCCAGGUCCGAGGAGGCCGGCGAGGAGGGGGCCGCCGCCGCAGCCGGAGAGGCGGACGGCGAGGCGGCUGGUGCCGCGGAGGAGGCAGGGGAGGGCAGCGGCCAGGAGCAGGAGAGCGAGGAGGAGGCGCAGGAGAACGACUCCUCGCGCCGAGGCGCAGCCAACGCCGAAGGAAGAAAGAGCAGUGGGGAGGAGUCUGAGGCCGUGGACAAGGCGCAGGUUGGCAAGGACCAGUUGGACACUGCCUCGGAGGAGGCGGCAAUGGACGUGGCGGCCCUGGCAGAGGCCGUCAUCGUCGACGUCGACAGUGACAAGACAGUCAAGGGGGCGCCCAAGGAGAAGGCAAGUAGGACGGCCGAGGAUACGGUCGGCGAGUCGGCCGACGAGGCCGAGGGCAGUACUGACGAAGCUGCCGAUCAGAAGGCCAGGGAGGAGGCCGACGAGGGGAGCGAAGGCACGGCCGAGGAAGACUCGGAGGCCGAAGGUUCGGCCGCGGACGAGGCGGAGGAAGAGCCGAGGGCCGCAAGCCGCAGCGGCUCCAGCGAGGCCGACAGCUCGGAGGAGGCCGACGUGCAGGAUGCGAAGGAGGGGCCGGAGGCGAAGGAGGACGACCAGAAGGGCGCCGCGGAGAGCGCGCUCGCCUCCGUCUCGGACGUCGAGCGGCUCGAGGCGCAGACCGAGUUCCUCGCGGAGCAGAUCAAGGGUCUGGAUAGCAGCGUCGACCGCUUCUUCACCCGCGUCCAGAAGCGCGCCACCUACUUCAAGGACCAGGCGGUCGCCAGAAGCCGGAGGCACUGCGUCCCCGACGCCGAGAAGUUGUCGACGUUCGAGUUUGACAUCACCCACGCCAUGAACGCCACCUUCAAAGACUGGGGCGCGGUGCUCCGGGCCUUCGAUGCUUUCGGGAGGCAGCUCAGGAGCCUGGAGGGGUUCGAGGGCAGCGACCGCGCCGGCUUCCAGGAGCAGGCGUCGGAGCUGGCGGAGGAGCUUAAGCUCAUGACCCCCGAGGACUCGGAGCACUGCAGCUUCCGCGCCCUACACAAGGACGUGCUCUCCCUCGGCAGGGCGCCGCUGUCCCUCGCGUCGGUGAAGCUGACGCAGUUCAGGCAGGCCUUCCUCGGGUGCCAGGAGGUGAUCGACGCGGACCUCGACAAGUUCUUCGGGGCCCUCGAGGCCUUCGCCGGGCGGCUCUCCAGCGCCAGGGAGGCUGUCCCGGACGCCCCCGCGCGGCUGGCGAAGAGGGCGGGCGAGAUCAUCCACGGCCUCACCGACGAGGCUGUGACGCUCUCCUUCAAGAUCCACGACGCCUUCUUCCAGUUCUCGCAAGUCGUGGAGAGGGCUGUGGACGGUGCCAGGCCGACCAUGAAGCGUUGCGGCAGCUCCCACCACCGGAAGUGA